AUGAAGUUCGCACUUCUGCUCGGUGGUGUUGGAGCGGCGUUGGGGUGGUCGUACUUGAGGCACAUUCAGCUACCCGCGGGCCCGUCGCGACUCCCGUGGAGCGGCGUGGUGUUCGGGCACCGCGGUUGUCGUGGUGUGACGGGGAUACCGGAGAAUACACUGGAGGCGUUCCGGUACGCCGCCGCACACGGGUGUGGCGGUAUCGAGUGCGACGCUCGCCUCACCAAAGACAACGAAGUCGUCCUCUUUCACGACGCAUUCGCCAGCGGCCACCUCCGUGGCGUCCCGCCGAUGCGCCGCAUCGAUGAGCUGACGCUGUUUGAGCUGCGGCAGUGCAGAUUCAUGGCCGACCCCACGGAGAAGAUUUGCAUUCCCACAUUGGAGGAAGCCAUAUUAUUCUGCCGUGACAACAACUUGCGCAUGUUGAUUGAAGUGAAGGAGCUGAAGCGAGCGUACCUGUGCACAGACAAGGUGCUCGACCUCUACCGCCGCUACUCAGACUACAUGCACGAUCAGACCACCCUUAUUUCCUUCCACAGCGGAAUCCUCUACCAUGCCAGGAGGGUGGACAAGAAGGUUGCUGUGUGCCAGCUCUACUCUACCAAUGUGGUGCACUCAUGGCUUUCCCAGAACAUCGACACGCUGCCGUGGGUACUGCGUCUCUGUCCAGCGCUGUGGAACCGCGUGCUGCCGUUUGUACAAGAGAGGAUAAUGCCGUGGGUGGCGGGGUGCUCCAUGGUGGGACCGCAUUAUGGCCUGUUUACCGAGGUGAGCCGCAGGCGGUGGGUUACACGGAAUAUCUGCAUGUAUCUAUGGGGGUUCGAGCGCGCCGAGCAGUGCACGCCAGCGAUGCGGCAGCCAGGUGUGUGCAUCUCGGGCGAUGACCACUACGAAUGCUUUGUAACGCCGAAGCCACCUCCAAACUACGACAUAUUUGGCGAUCGGCAGCGUGAGCUGGAGAGAGAGCAAGAGGAGGCGUACAAGCGCUUGCGCAUUGACAAGUGA